UCAGUAGCUUACCUUCACUGAUUUCACAACGAAAGCAAGCAUAUUUUAAAAAGAUAUUUUCCCUUUUUUUGGUUCCCUUUCCAAUCUCUCAUAUUUUAGUUAUGCAGACGCUACUCUUACCGGCGGCUCGCCCCGGCGUUCUGCCGCCGUCACCGGUGGUAACAACAGCCGCGCAUUUACACCUUUCGAGGCGAAUACCUAUUUCCAGUCGCUUUCUUUCUCCUCCUCCGUCGUCGUCUUCUUUAUCUUCCUACCUUCCUUCUCUCUCUUCGACACAAUCGAGAACAAUGGCGCACUGGCUUCCUCUAAUGGCGUCUUCUCCUGCUUCCACGGGUUACGGUUCACCGGUUGAUGAGUCCGACCAGGUUAAACUUACUCAGGUGGCUAAAAGACUAGAGAACACGGCGAGAUAUUUCAAAAGGUUGGGCACAUUUGGGUUUUGGGGACAGCUAAUAUGCACGAUUGUUUCUGCUGUGAUUCUUUCAUUUUCUGUUGUAGUCACUGGAAAGAUCACAUCGCCUGUUACCUUCUACGCUACUGCCGGUGGAAUUGCUGCCGCUUUUAUAUCUGUUUUUUGGUCAUUUGGUUACCUUAGGCUAUCAGAGAAACUCCGCAAAACAGCAAAUGACCCAUCAAAGGCUCCCCCACGUGCUGAUGUUGUCAGAAGUCUGAAAAAUGGAAUAGCUGUGAAUCUGCUUGGUAUGGGUUCUGCUAUCCUGGGAAUGCAAGCCACUGUAGGAUUACUUGUGGCAAAGGCGCUCACUACAUCUGCAAAUCCUUACUAUCAGGGUGUAGCCCCUGGAGCUAGCCCUGUUCUUGCUCUGGACGUGUUCUUGGUCCAGGCAUCAGCUAACACUAUACUGUCUCAUUUCUUCGGUCUUGUUUCAUCUUUGGAAUUGUUGCGGUCAGUAACAUUGCCUACUGGUCAAACUGCUCCUGUUGCCAAGACCGCUUAGAGUUUUUUUGUGCUCUUAUUUUCAACUGUACACAAGUGAAUUCUUGAUGAAUUUCUCGUAAUGGUCACAGACAAAUUUCCUGUUGAUAUUUGUGUGGUGAACUAUGUCAAUAACAGUUGUAAUAAGAAAAGGUUGUUAGGGGGUGAGGAUUAGAUAGCUGAUUUUAUUCAAAUUCAUAAUUAUGAUGGAAAUCAUAUAUUUUGUUUAGCAGCAGUAACUUGAGGAGUGGAGAGCUAUUUUAUGUGAUGCAAGUGCAGUUCCCGCGAGUAUAUUUUCACCAUUAUUAAAUUCUUAUUUUCUA